GUUCGGCCGGGGCCGGGCCUGAGGCGCGGCCGCCCCCGACCGCUCCGCCGGGAGAGGCCGCCCGGUGGAGGCGGUGCCUGGCCUGGCCGGGCCCGCCAUGCCGAAGCGCUCCUGCCCCUUCGGGGAGGCAGCCCCGCUCCAGCUGAAAACACGCGUGGGGCUGCGGGAGCUGAGCCGCGGCGUGCGGGGCGAGGAGUACCGCCGGGAGGUCUUCGAAAGGACCCGGCGGCUGCUCUUCAGGGGCGCCCAGGCGUGCAUGGAGGGCGCCGGCCUCGCCGCCAGCCGCUCGCCAGAGGCGGGCGGGGAGGCCCCCGAGGGCAGCGCCGGGCGCCGCUGGAGCGGGCAGCUGCUCAUCGGCCACGACGGGAGGCUGCGGAGGCGGCCCGACGCCACGGAGAAGGUUCCACCCAUGGGAGUUUCCAAAGCCUGUUCAUCGUGCAUAAGAACCGCUGAUGUCAAGGAAGUGUGUACACAGUGCGACAAGUUUGUCUGCCAGAACUGCAGCAGGCUCUGCAGCUGCUGUAAUGCAGUUACCUGCUCUUUGUGCUCCACGGUUGAUUGUGGGUAGGAGGGCCAGACAUCCACUUGACCUGCACAGCAAUGUCAAAAUCAACAUAGUUUCACCAGGUACUUGACGUGUUCUACAUACAUAUGCUCUUAAACUUGCACUGAAGUUCUGAAGACUGCUAGCAGCUCCGUGUGCGGAAAUCCACUUCAAUCUGAUCAGACUUUAGAACGUGACCGUUCACCCUGCCUAUUCAGUAGACGUUCCAUGUCAUCGCCACAGGGUGGCAUCACUAUGUUAGUUUUGUGUCGAUUGUUACCCCAGUUCUUAGUUUCUUCUCAAGUCCUCAGGGCUUGGUUGAUACUGUUAUAAUAGGACUGCUAGUUUGGGGCCGGGGGCGUUUUUAAAAUAUCCCCCUCAUAAAUGUGUAGGUCCGAACCAAAUGCUUCCAAAACAGAAUUUUUUUAUCUGAAAAUACUUUGUACUGUUCGUAAAAUAUAGCCUGAAAUUCAAAAUGGACCAUUUUGCUGUCUACAAGGACAAAAGCAAAAUGUAAAUUGUGUGCAUAAAUGUAAAUCGAUCACAUUAUUUUUUUUCUUUGAAUUUUAAGGUAUCAGUAUCAUAACCAAGGGUAUUUUUAUGCUAGACAAUAUGUAAGUUAUAUCACUCUUUUCUUAAAAAAAACCAAAAAACCCUGAACACCUUGUGUCUCAUUCCACAUGUUGCUACAUUAAAUUAAUGUAUCACAUACAAGUUGUUCUCAUAAAGACGUGAAAGAGUA